AGAUGGUUUUUAAUGGCACAACCGAGUGCCAGCCAUUUCAGUGAAAAUAGUCGCGAAACGUUCGACUUCGAAGUACACACUAAGUUGACGAUUGCAAAAUGUUUACCGUGAAAUUGGUGGUUUUUGUUUGUGCAGUGGCAUCGUUUUGUGGUGCUUUUCACACAUGCCCCGGUCAUAAGCAUUAUGAGGAAAUGAAAUGCACUCCAAUCAGAGAUAAAGAUGAACCGAAAGACGCAUGCCCAUCCCGAUACGAAUGUCCCGACUUCAAAGUGCUCGAUCGUACCAAGUGUCAUUUGGAUGGCAAACAAUUCAGCCUUGGCAAUGAAAUUUCAAACAGUUUACCAACAUGCACUUCGUCUUGUACAUGCGAUGGGUCGGAUGAUGAAUUUGGAUUCUCUUGUAAAUUUGAUGAGUGUCCUGAAGCAAAAUCGGCACCACGCUUCGAUUGUGUCUACCAAUUUACCAUCGAUAGCUGUUGUUCGACCAAUUUACUGUGUGACAAAGCCAUAAUCGAGAAAUUGCCACGAUGCUGGAGCGAUGGUCAUGAAUAUGUUAAGGGAAAUUUGAUUUAUUCACCAAAUGCACCGUGCUACAAGUGCUUGUGCGACGAAAAAUACGAUAAUAAAACGGACAUUUCACAGAAUCCAAGCUGCAAUCCCGUCCAAUGUGGCAUUGAAUUGCAUCAGUUAAGCUAUUUACAAUUAGGCUGUAUUCCGGUUUAUUUUAACGACGGUCUAUGCUGUCCAUUUGAAUUCAAAUGCCCAAUUGAAACGGAUAUGAUUGAAGCAAAAGGCAUAAAAUCAGAGCACGUCUGUAAAUAUGGCAAUCAAACAUUGAAUAUUGGCGAUGUAAUCAAGACAACUGACCCAUGCUUGGAAUGUUCGUGUCAAACACCGCCGAUGGCACAAUGCGUCCGUACAAUUACAACCGAAAAAUGUCAUUAAAUCCAAUCGAUGUCUUUAAUCCGCGGGCAAAAAUAAAUGGAUUUUCGAUUAAAAUAACAAUAAAGAUAGAUUAAUGUGAUCGUCAUGACAUAA